AUGGCGUCGCUGGUAGCAAGACGCGCCUUGGGCGCCGUCCGCACCCGUCCAACCCUCCUCCGCACCAGCGUCCCUGCCACGAGCGCCUUCACCACCACCCCUCUCCUCAAAGCCGAUAACCCCCAAGUCCCCCAACAAGACCCCAAGGCCACCGCCAAUUCCAUCAUGGACGCCCUCCCUGGCAACAACCUCGCCUCCAAAGCCGCCAUUCUCUCCGCUGGUGCUGGUCUCUCCGUCGCAGCCAUCAGCAACGAGAUCUACGUCGUCAAUGAAGAGUCCAUUGUUGCUUUGUCACUUUUGACCAUCUACUGGGCUGUGUACAAUUAUGCUGGACCAGCGUACAAGCAGUGGGCGCAGGCUACGAGCGACAAGUACGCGAGCAUCUUGAACGCGGCUCGCAAGGAUCACACGGAUGCUGUCAAGGCGAGGAUCGACAAUGUCAAGGACUUGAGUGGCGUGAUAGACAUCACAAAGGACUUGUUUGCUGUUUCCAAGGAAACCGCGCAACUCGAAGCCCAAGCAUACGAGCUCGAACAGCGCACAGCCGUCGCCGCCGAGGCCAAGAGCGUCUUGGACUCAUGGGUGAGAUACGAGGGCCAGGUCAAGGCGAGACAGCAGAAGGAGCUGGCUGAGAGUGUCAUAGCGAAGAUCGCCAAGGAGUUGGAGAACCCGAAGGUUCUGGACCAGAUUCUGAAGCAGAGUGUUGCUGAUGUGGAAAGGAUUGUUGCGCAGAAGGCUUAG